AUGAAAAAAAUUGUUUGUCUUACAUAUAAAACCACCAUUGCCAAAGCUGCUUAUAACCAGAACUUUGAUACAUUUCAAGGUAGCAGCUUUCUUCCAGAUGUUAGGGCAGCUUCAAAACCACCUAAUGGUUUAGUUUGCUUGCAAAGAAAACUUCCUUCAGAUAUCCAAAAAGGGAAAACAAAGAAAAUAUACAGCAUAGAUGAAGGAAUGAGCAAGAUCAAACUUCUUGUGCGUUGCAAAAGGGUUCUUAUUGUUCUUGAUGAUGUGAACCACUCUGAGCAAUUCAAUGCAAUUCUUGGAAUGCGAGAAUGGUUUCAACCAGGAAGUAAAAUUAUCGUAACAAAUAGACAUGAAAAUCUGUUAAAUGAUCAUGCAGUUUAUGCAAUGUUUAAGGUUAAAGGAUUAGGUGAGGGUGAAUCACUGGAGCUUUUCAGUUGGCUUGCCUUCAAACAAGCGCAUCCUAUCAAAGGUUACAUGAACCUUUCAAGAUCUGUAGUACAACACUGUGAAGGUCUUCCACUAGCUCUCCAAGUUUUGGGAUCUUCUCUACUUGGAAAAAGAGUAGAUCUAUGGCAAAGUGCAUUACAGAAGUUGCACGUGAUUCCUGAUGACAAGAUUCAAAAAAUUCUUAGAAUAAGCUUUGAUUCUCUAAAAGAUGAUCAUGACAGGAAUUUAUUCCUUCAUAUUGUCUGUUUCUUCAUAGAAAAGAAGAUGGGUUAUACAAUUACAGUACUAGACAACUUAAAUUUUUACACAAGGAUUGGAAUUCAAAAUCUAGUUGAUAGAUGUCUAGUGGAAAUUGAUAUAGACAACAAGUUGAUCAUGCAUCAAUUACUUAGAGACAUGGGAAGGGCAAUUAUUCGUGAAGAAUCACCCGAGGACCCUGGAAAGCGUAGUAGAGUGUGGCAUAAAGAUGCCUCUGAUGUUUUGAGAAAAUUAACUGGAACAGAAACUAUUAAGGGCCUCAUGCUCAACCUUCCUAGCGAGGCAAUAUUUAGUACAAGUAACCAAAAGCGGUGCCAUGUUGAAGACUUUGAUGGAAAUUGUUCAAGACGAUGUCGACUUGGUUACUUCUCUUGGAUAUCAAUUAACUCUUCCUCAACAAAUUCAGCUGCUGCAUCAAAUGAGGUAGAUUUCAAGGCAGAGGCAUUUAGAAGAAUGCACAAUCUUGAACUGCUCCUGCUCGAUGAUGUAAAAUUGGUCUUGACCUGCGAAAUAGCAGCCUACAACAUGUUUGGAAGGGAACCAGGGUACGAUACUAAUCUCUCUCUCUUUCUCUCCCCAAGCUUAGGAGUCCCUAACCUUGAGACAUUGAUUCUUAAAGACUGCAUUAAUUUGGUUGUGAUUGAUGAAUCCCUUGAACUUGAUCUUUCUGGGUGCUCAAAGCUUGUGCUUCAUACCAGUACGACUGCUGCUAAUCACUUACACUCUACAGCUAGAGUUAGGAAGAAAUUAAAUAUGUAUCAGAAAAUAUAUGGCAAUCGAUAUGGUCGUGGAGGAACCUUAUGUCUGGCUGACUGCAAUCUGUCAGAGAUUCCUGGCGAUCUUAGUAUCUUGUCCUUGUUGAAGCAUUUGAAUCUAAGUAGAAACCCAAUUCUGAAGCUACCAGAAAACAUGAACGCUGGCACUGUGCCUAACGGUUAUAUUCUCACACCAAGUGUGUGUGUUAAGAGUGUACUGAAUUUACAGAAGAGGAAUGAGAAUGUUCUCUCUGCUACACGUAUAGCAGAGGAGUUUUGGAUUUCGUUUUCCUUUCCUUCUUCUCUCUUCUCUUGUUCUUUACCAAUACACAUACAGAUAUACAAAACACUAACACAGACUCUUGAGAUACAAGGUUGCGCAAAGCUACGCACUCUUCCAAAGCUCCCACGGAGUCUAAGAAAAUCUAUAUCAACUUUUCUAACCUUGGAUGUCGGUGUUGGGGAAGAGCAGAUCAUUGUAGAAGAAAGGGCGCUCAUUGCAAAGAAGGAGAUGGUGGGUCAAAAGAAAAUGGUUUUGAGGAUGAGGACUACAUCUAUACCAACUCUCUUCCUUAAUUAG